ACUGCUUGGGGUGGGAGAACAGAGCAGGUAGCAGCAGCAGCACACUGUACCCCUUCUGCACUGCAAUCAUACCCACAUAAAUGGCACUCUGGACCCCUGUGUGAUAUAACCUUAGCCAGGAUACCAUGGCUCUUAGCGUCAGUCUGAAGAGGGUGACCAAUCUCCCAGGCAAACAUGAGAGACAGGCAGCCCUGACUUUUAGAGGUUUUACACAUAAGACCAAAAAACUCAACACAGGACCUGUUGCUGAAUUCAGUGAGCAUUUUAGAUGGCCGCAUUACGGGAGAGUAGUAUCGGACGAGGUGCUAACUGUUAAAGUGUACAACUGCAGCAAAGUUUUCUCCAACAGGUUACUGGGGAAAUUAAUUAUCAGUCUUCAACAUCUCCCAAGCAGCGGCCGACUCAACCUCACAGAGGCCCUAGUGGACAAAAACUACAGCAUCACUGGGAUUUAUGUUGAGUUGGAUAUUCGUUAUCAGCCGGCAGAUGGAGCAGCUGGGGCCUGGGUUGGAGAUGAUUUUUUUGCAUCAGUGGAAGACAGCUCAGCAUACAUUAUUCGGAACAUUGCCUUUGAAGAAGAAGAGGCGGAAGCGGAAGCAGCUCGCAAGAAAGAUAUUGAUGCUGUCCGGAUAGGGAAGAGGCUGGUAAAAGGCGAUGAUGAUGAUGAUGAUGAUGACGAUGAUUCCUAUGAUGAGUCAGAUAUUGAAAUCUCUGGGAUAACGUUUACACCUGUUUUGAGUCGAUGCAGCGUUCCAGUGAGAGAUUUUAUGACCAAUCCAAAACCAAGACAUUUCCAGAUUACAGUCACGAUCGUGCAAGCUCAGAAACUUGUGGGGGUUAACAUAAAUCCAGUCGUUCAUGUUAAAAUUGGAGAUGAGAAAAGACACACUCCAACCCAGAAAUCAACUAAUUGCCCCUACUAUAAUCAGUAUUUUGUGUUUGACUUCAUUGAACCGCGUGAGGUAUUAUUCAAUAAGCUGAUAGAGAUAUCUGUUGUUCAUUCCAAGACACUUCCAUUUCUGGGCACACGGCUUGGGACAUUUAAAAUCGAUGCAGGGACUGUGUAUGACCAAGCAGAUCACCGGUUUCUCCAGAAGUGGGCAGUUAUCACUGACCCAAAAGACACAAGAGCAGGGGUAAAAGGCUUUGUAAAAUGCAACUUAUCUAUUGUUACAAGGGGUGAUCCGAUGUCUGCACCUCCAUCUUCUACCAGCAGCCAGAACGAUGAUAUUGAAAAGAAUCUGCUGCUCCCUAAGAGGUUUCCUGUAGAGAGGCCAUGGUCAAAAAUCAGUGUUAAGAUCUACAAGGCAGAAGGACUGCCCAGCAUGAAUGAAGGGUUCAUGGGAAGCUUCUCCAAGAUAAUGGGAGAAAAGAAAGUGUUCAUCGAUCCCUAUGUUCAAGUCAUAUUUGCUGGACAGCAGGGAGAAACAGCUGUGGAAAGCGACACUAAUAUCCCAGAAUGGAAUGAGCAGAUUACUUUCAUUGAGCUCUUCCCACCUCUUGCUCGAAAAAUUCAAAUUCAGAUUCUAGAUGAUGCUCAUAUUGGAGACGACGUUGCCCUGGCCACACAUUUUAUUGACCUGAAGCAAAUAUCAGACCCAAGCAAAAAUGCUGGUUUUAAUCCAACAUUUGGACCUGCCUGGAUCAACCUGUAUGGAUCUCCCCAAAACUACACACUGAGAGAUGUACAUCGACAACUGAAUGAGGGUCUUGGUGAGGGAAUAUUCUAUCGAGGCCGCAUCAUGGUGGCUGUGACGCUAGAAAUAUUCUCCAAUAAUACUGUUCAGGAAAAGAAACCAUUGCAAGCAUUGAAAAAUGCAUUCAGCAUGCUAAAAUUAAAGAAGAAAAGCAAAAAAGCAACAGCAAAGGAGAAACUGAGUGCAGCUGCAGCAGCAGUAGCAGAGAGCGCCGAAGGAGAAGACGGUGAAGAGGACAUGGAACAGCCUAAUGCCGUCACAGUAGAAGUUAAUGAUAUUCUUCCUAUGCCAGAGGAUGCUUUGGGAGUCAAGGAGGAGUUCCUUCUGUUUGGCGUAUUAUUUCAAGUCACAAUGAUAGACCCAAGUAUUGGGCAGAAACCAGUUAAAUUUGAGAUCUCUAUAGGAAACUACGGGAAAAUUGUUGAAGUAAUCACUAAAUCUGCUAAAAAGAGAACAAAAGGGGAGUCGAUACCUGAGGAGCAGCAGGGUCUGUUGGACACAGGUUCCGAAGAUGAACUCAGUGUGGAUCUUGUGGAAGACCAGCCGUUAAAUAAUGAAGCAAAUGUCAAAUCAGUGAUACCCACAAAGAGGACGGAGCGUACAGAACCAGACAACUCAUACAACUACAUACCAAUGGGCAAUGACAGACCAUGUGCAUAUGUGUGGAGCUACUGGGAGGACCACAGCUGGAGGCUAUACAAUUCCAACUGGAUAGUCAAGAUAGCUGAACGCCUGGAACGUGGGCUUGAUGAGGUAGAGAAAUUGACAAGAAGACCUAAAUCUAACCCAGAAAUACGUCUGAAGCAAGUUCUGGAGGAAUUUGUAGCUGGGUGCAGGCAAUACUCUCUGAUUGCAGGAAAGAGAACUAUGUCACGCCCCAACAACCUGGACCGCUGCAGGAUGAAGUCUCUUCCCCGCAACAUUAUCAUUUAUGCCAAACAAGCACUUAGAGCCAGCCGGAGACUGACUAAGCAUAAUGUUAAGGAGAAGAUUAAUGAUGGAAAGAAAAUUCUAACAAAAGUUCGAUUCCUGGCUAAAGAGCCGCAGUGCACAAUUCCAGAUGUCAUCAUAUGGAUGUUCAGUAACAAUAAGAGAGUGGCUUAUGCACGUGUCCCAGCUCAGAAUAUCCUCUACGCUGUGGUAGAGGAGGAGAAAGGGAAGGAUUGUGGAAAGAUCACCACUUUGUACUUCAAGAUCCCAGGAUCAUACAAUGGGGAAAUCUUUGCUAAAGCUGAAAUGUAUAUGUGGCUUGGAGUAACUAAGUAUGCCAAAAACAGCACAACUGACCUGCCAGAGGAUUAUAAACCCAUGUACGAGUCAAAUGGAGAGCUGGUGGAAUUUCCUACCCGCAACCCACCAGUCCUGCUUCAGAGGGACGAUUACCACUACUUUCAGCUAAGAGCUCAUUUGUACCAGGCUCGUAGCAUCCUACCUGCCGAUGACAAUGGCCUGUCUGAUCCAUACGCUACAGUCAUAUUUAGCAACUUUUGCCAGACUACUAAGGUCAUUAAUGAGACUCUUGCUCCCAUGUGGAAUGAACUGCUGCUCUAUGACAAUCUUCUGAUGGAUGGGAAUAUGGAAGACUUGAAAAAUGAUCCACCACUUAUCAUUAUCAAUAUUUUUGAUCAGGAUAAAUUUGGGUCACCUGACUUUCUGGGACGUGCAUUUGCCACCCCUAUUGUGACACUGCUGGAUGAAAAUGAUGAGGAAGGUCCCAAAUAUGUCCAGCCAACCCUGCAAUUCUUUGACAUCCUGAAAGGCAAUGUGUCAGGCGGGGAGCUCAUCGCUGUAUUUGAACUUAUAGAACUUGAGAACAAAACUUAUAUGAAAGAGCCAGCUGUACCAGAAUAUAUUAAGCCUAAAGAACCUGACUUCAUGGAUGAAACACUUGAACGUUACAUUAUUCCUGAAGGAAUUCGUCCAGUCCUUAAGGACUUUAGAAUAGAGGUUCUGUUUUGGGGUCUGCGGGACCUAAAGAGACUAAACUUAUUUGAAGUGAACCAACCUCAGGUGCAGAUUGAAUGUGCUGGGAUAAAAGUGGAAUCUGAAGUCAUCUUGAGUUACAAGGAGUUUCCCAAUUUCACAGAGUUGGUGAAAAAACUUCAUGUGAAGCUUCCAGAACAAGUGUACCUCCAUCCACCUUUGAGUAUUUUCGUAGUGGAGAAACGAGCAUUUGGCCGUUCUGUCAUGGUCGGGUCUGCAGUUGUGUCUAAUCUUAUGAAGUUUGCUCCAAAGGAACUGGAAGAGAUCAGUGAUGAAGCAGAAGUUAAAAAACAAAAAAAAACUUUUGCUAGGCUUGUUUCCAUACCAGCCGUUAUAAAUGUGGACCAAGACGAAAAAGACAAAAAGUUCAACCCUCUUAACCUGGUAAAGGAACCAUUUAAGAGUUUCGGCAAAGUUUCGGUAAAGGAAGAAGAGCUGGAGGAAGAAAGGCCAGACCCUGAGGAGCUGGAUUGGUGGUCAAAAUACUAUGAAUCCCUAAAAGAAAUAUCAGAACAUGUGGAUGCUGCUGAUGAUGAUGAAGAAGGUGAAAACGAAGAAGCUGGAGAUGCAGGGAAUAUCCACUCCUUAGAUGCUGCCGGUGAAGAAGAAAUUGUGGAGGUUGAAAUUGUGAAACCGAAAAGAAAACCAAUCUCCACUCUAAAGAUUUGUAAAGGGGAACUUGAAGAUGAAUAUGACAAGUUUGAAGACUGGCUACAUGUAUUUCCUCUACAUCGAGGCAAGGCAUUGGAUGAUGAGGAUGGAAAUGAUGACGAUAACUUCAUGGGAAAAUACAAGGGAUCAUUCUAUGUUUACCCAGAAAGUGAGGCCACUGAGGAGUUCCAGAUAAUGAAGGGUGUACCAAGGAACAGGCCUGUGAAAGUUCUUGCGAGAAUCUACAUUGUCAAAGCAACUAAUUUAGCUCCAGCUGAUCCUAAUGGGAAGGCGGAUCCAUACGUGGUGGUGAAAGUGGGUGAACACACCAUGGACAGUAAAGAGAGAUAUAUUCCUAAGCAGCUAAACCCAGUGUUUGGAGAGGUGUUUGAAAUUACCAUCUCAUUCCCAGUUGAAUCAGAGCUGUUAAUCUCAGUGUAUGACCAUGAUCUUAUUGGGUCUGAUGAUCUAAUUGGUGAGACUAAGAUGGAUCUGGAAAAUCGUUUCUACAGUAAUUACCGACCGAACUGUGGUCUAGCACUACAGUAUGAUGUAGAGGGCUAUAAUCAAUGGAGAGAUGCAUUCAAACCCUCACAGAUUCUCAAUUCAUUAUGUAAGAAGCACAGCCUGCCAGCCCCAGAGUACAGGAGAGAGGAAGUUAAAGUGAAUAACAAGAUUUUUAAGGUUCCCAACGAGGCAUUUCCUGAAGAGGCUUUCAUAAAAAAUAAGAACAAAGAGGAAGAUGAGAUGUUGACUGGUUAUGACGAGCACAAGGCUUUGUAUGUUCUCCAGCACUGGGAAGAGAUGCCAGAGUAUGGCACCAACCUAGUGCCAGAGCAUGUGGAAGUGAGGACCUUGUACAGCCCGGAGAGCCCAGGCAUAGGACAGGGUUCCCUUCACAUGUGGAUUGACAUGUUUCCGACUGACGUUCCUGCCCCACCUGCUGUUAACAUCAAACCACGGGAACCAGUUAGUUACGAGCUACGUGUCAUCAUAUGGAAUACUGAUGAUGUAAUUCUAGAUGACAUCAAUCCAUUUACUGGAGCACCCUCAAGUGACAUCUAUGUCAAAGCGUGGAUAAGAGGCUUAGAUGGUGACAAGCAGGAAACUGAUGUACACUUUAACUCCCUCACUGGGGAAGGCAAUUUCAACUGGAGGUUCGUGUUUCGCUUUGACUACCUGCCAACAGAAAAAGAGAUCACUUAUAAGAAAAAAGAAUCUUUCUUCUCCUUAGAAGAGUCAGAAUUCCGGGAGCCAGCUGUACUUGCCCUCCAAGUCUGGGACUACGAUCGUAUAUCUGCCAAUGACUUCUUGGGAUCUAUUGAACUGAAAUUAAAUGACAUGGUGCGAGGAGCGAAAACUGCUCAUCAGUGCACCAUCAAAUUGGCCAAAGACAGAGCCAAUCCACGCUUUUCUAUCUUCAGAAACAAACGCAUGAAAGGGUGGUGGCCCUUCAUUAAACUCAGGAGUGAGGAAGAUAUAGAGAGGGAGGAACGGGAGGCUGAGGAUAAAAGCAAGAAAAAGAAGAAAAAGAAGAAGAAUGUGAACCCGGAGGAUGUCCAAUUCAGUGAUCCAAGCGGAAACAUCUACAUCCUAGCGGGAAAAGUUGAAGCAGAAUUCCAGCUCUUAACAGUAGAAGAGGCAGAGAAGAGCCCGGUGGGGCUGGGACGCAAGGAACCAGAACCUCUGGAUAAACCAAACCGUCCCAAAACUUCCUUCAACUGGUUUGUGAACCCACUGAAAACUUUUGUUUUCUUCAUCUGGAAGAAGUAUAAGAAGUACAUAAUUGCUCUCCUUAUUAUUGCUAUUCUGACCAUUUUCCUCGUCCUGAUACUGUACACCAUGCCUGGAUACAUCAGUCAGAAGAUUAUUAAUGGCUAGUAAUCUGGAGUUUAAUGGACAUUGUAAAUACUAUCACCAUAAACUGUGUAUACUGUUCUAAAUAACUUUUUAUUUGAAUGUA